UCCUUUUAUUUUUAUUUCUUUUAACUGUUCAAUUUUUACAAAACAUGUUUUCGAUCACAAAAUGUGGUCUAAACCUGAUAUUAUUGGGAUUACUUUAUAUUAUAAUUCCAGUAAUAGCCAUUUAUGAAAAUGAGGCUGGUACAUAUGAUUGGCACCAUAAAUGGGUAGGCCAUCCUCGUGAAGCAUUUAAAAUUGAUGAUAAUCACAUUGCAGUUUAUUCAGAACAGAAUGUCAUUGCAGCUCUUGAAAUAAAUAACGGAGCUAUUGAAUGGAGACAAGUACUUGAAAAUGAAUUAGAUCAUGUUGUAGCUUCGGAAGCAGGUAUCUUCACUGUUUCUAGCAAUCCAGAACGUGCUCAGUUUUGGAAUAAAACAAAUGGACAAUUAAUGUGGGAAUACACUUUACCAAAGGAAGAGUACUUUGGAAGUACAAGUCCAGUUAUAUUGAAUGAUGGUCAAGUAGCUGUCUUUGUAGGAAGAACCAAGUUGAUUAAGCUAUCAAAUAAUGGUGAAGAGGUUUGGCAUUGGACUAGAAAAACAAAUCCAGAUCAGAUUUGGGAACGUUUGAAGCUUAUCCAUAGAGGAAAUUCGAUUUAUAUCAUUGUUGAACCGGACGAUAAUGAAGAAUCCCCUUUUUUUGUAAUUCAUACUAUUGAUAGUGAAACAGGAGACGCAACAUCAACUACUAAAAUUCCUUGUACUACGACAUAUGAAGCUAUUUCGUAUAUUGGAGAUUAUCUUUUUUGGACAGAAAACGAUUUACUUAAAUGGACAAAUAUCGAUAAAAUAGACAUUAAAAGUACCUCAAUCAAAUCUUUAGUUAGUUUACUUCCAACUGCUGAUAAAUUCGUUCCAUCUAGAAUAAGUCUUUUGGGCAAUAGUGAGGAUCCUAAGUUUAAAUCUUUUAUUCUUACAGCAGAAUACGAAGAAGAAGAAGAAAGCAGAACUACAAGUGCCUCUGUUCUCGUCUAUAUUAAAGAUGAAGCAUUAUCGUUGGGUACAUACUUUGGAGAACAGGAAUCAUUUGUAAGCUUUGAUACAUUCAAAAAUUUAAUUGCUUAUACUGUUAGAUCAACGCCUAAAGAAUCUAUUGUACAUCUUUCAUCGGAAGCAAAAGAUAUAAAGAUUCAACAUGAUGUUACCUUAUCGGGUGAAAUCAACUAUAUUAAAUUAGUUAAUCUUGAGCCUUUCCGUCUUUUUGUUGUUACUGAAGGGUCUUCAGUAUUUUUGUAUAACGAAUCAUCCAUUGUUUGGUCACGUGAAGAGUCUUUGAGUGCGAUUACUGAUUCAAAGUUUUUAGAUCUUCCUGAACAAAAGAUGUGGACACAAAUGGCUGAUGAACUCGAUGAAACAACUAUUGAACAAGCAGCAGAGAAACCUCUUUCACGUUAUGUCCGCCGUCUUACUACACAUACACUUGCACUUCGAAAAUUACCUAAUUGGAUUAUUUCGCAUUUUGUUGGUAUGACUAGUUCUACUUUGAAAGAUAACAGUAAUAAAAUUUCAAAUCUGGAGGCACAAUCUUGUUGGUUGAACGAAACACAACCUGAAUUGCUUUAUCGUGACAAUUUUGGAUUGCGUAAACUACUAAUUUCUGUUACCAAGAGUGGUAAGAUUAUUGCUCAAGACACAACUCAUAAUGGUAAAAUUGUUUGGAGCAGAUAUAUUGAAAAUUUUUCAUUUAAUGAGCUUCAUAUUGUUCGUGCUGCUUCUAUCAAAAUGCCACCUAUCAUUGUUGCUAUUGGUUCUACAUAUGAUGCCUUGGGUGGAGAGGCAACCGGUUUUGUUCGUUUAAAUGCUUUAACGGGCGACAAUUAUAUUUCAACUAUUCACGAAGCUGCUGAAUUCUUUGAGCCUAUUAUACUUACUAAUAUUGGCGUUGAUAAAGUGAUGCGUUUGCCAAUUGAAGAUCCUGAAGAACGGACUCAUAUUUUGGCUAUUUACGAAGCUGGUUCUGGACGUGUCUAUAUUUAUCCUGAUACACACGCUGCUCGUCAACGAUUCACCAACGAGUUUCUUCCCAAUUAUUAUUUUUCCUACAAAGACAGCCAUGGUAAUAUGCAAGGCUUUAAGGUGACUGAGGGCUAUAGAGGCAGCUUACGAGCUAAUCCUCUCUGGAACUUUUAUUUACCAGAAAAUGAAAGUCCUGUUACAUUAAGUCAUUCCCAGCCUUAUGAAAAGGUUGCUUCCUUAGGACGUGCUCUUGGUAACAGAAAUGUGCUUUACAAAUAUUUAAAUCCUCAUAUGUUUGCUAUGGUUACUAAGGAUAACGAAAAAAAAUAUAUCAAGAUUCGCAUUAUGGAUUCUAUAAAGGGAUCAAUUUUACAUGAAACUAUUCAUGAAAAUGUAGAUAUUGAAAAUAAUGAUGUACAUAUUUUACAAUCUGAAAAUUGGUUUGUCUAUCACUUUUGGAGUAAUGAUAUUAAAGGAAGAGGUUAUCGAACAGUUGUUCUGGAGCUCUUUGAAGGAGCGCAUGAAAAUAUGCGUAUUGAAAGUACUAAUUUCUCCUCUUUUGAUAAUGUCCAGCCUCAUGUUCUUUCUUCGUCUUUUGCUUUCCCUUACCCUAUUACUACUAUGGGAGUCACGACGACUAGAAACGGUAUUUCGACAAAAAACAUUCUUUUUGGUUUACUUUCUCAUCAAAUAAUGGCAGUUAAUAAAAGAUUAUUUGAUCCUCGCCGUCCCACCGAAAAGCCCACUAAAGAAGAUCAAGAAGAGCAAUUGUUUCCCUAUGGCCCUAUUCCAGAUGACAAGCGUCUCUUUUUGACAUACGGGUUAGAUGUUGCUGGUAUUCAAACUAUUAUUACAAGCCCUUCCUUAUUGGAAUCAACAUCACUUGUAUUUGCAUAUGGUCUUGAUACUUUCUUUACACGUUCCUCACCAAGUAGACAAUUUGAUGUUCUUUCAGAAGAUUUCUCUAAAGUUCAACUUUUAUUAACUAUUAUUGGUCUAAUUGUUGGUAUCUGGAUUACUGGACCUAUGGUGCGUAGGAAGCGAGUAAAUGCUUUAUGGAAAUAGAUGACAGUAUAUGUAAAACUUAAAGUUAGAGCAUUCUUUUAUUUUAUAUAUACAUCUAUUUAUACAGCCACAAUAAAGCUUCUAAUAUGUAUAAG